AUGGACGCGCCCGUCGUCAAGUUCAAGAAGCGAGGUGCCAAAGCUGCGCCCCGAAAAGUCGCUCCGCCACCGCCUCAAUCCGAUUCGGAUUUCUCGUCAGGGUCAGACGCAGAGGGCGAAGAUGGUCACGUAGUCAAGCGACGGAAGACUAACGGUAAUGCGCUCAAGGCUUCCACCGCAGACCAAAAGGCGACCACAGCCGUCGAGGGCACAACACAGUACGCAGCGAAUCGCUCGGCCGUAAUAGAAGCAAGCAACGAUGCGACCAAGCAAUCAAACUGGUACGACGAGAACGCCGACGACGCUCUCAGCUCCAAAAACCUGCUCGGCAGCACGCGAACGAAGCCUCAAACCUUCAUUGAAAAGAACCCCGACGCGCCCAGUCGCCAAGUAGGGCCUAUGAAAGCAUCGACAAACAUACGAACAAUUACCGUCACAGAUUACACGCCGGAUGUGUGCAAGGACUACAAGCAGACAGGGUUCUGUGGUUUUGGCGACAACUGCAAGUUCUUGCACGCGCGUGAAGAUUAUGCGGCAGGCUGGAAGCUGGACCGCGAAUGGGAGAUGUCGACCAAGGGCAAGAAGCCAGGGGGUACGGUUGUCGCUUCUGCGAACAGGGACGAGAAGGAAAAGGAUGAGGAUGGGGUUGAUCUCGCGCUGUUGGAGAAGAUACCGUUCGCCUGUAUCAUCUGCAAGAAGCCAUACAAGAAUCCCAUUAUCACAAAAUGCGGACACUACUUCUGCGAGGCUUGCGCCCUAAAAAGGUAUCGGAAGGAUCCUACAUGUGCGGCGUGUAGUGCAAAGACAUAUGGUGUGUUUAAUGGCGCGAAGAACCUCCAGAAGUUGUUGGAGAAGAAGCAGAAAUGGGAGGACAAGAAGAAGGCAGAAGCGGAAGAGAAGGCAAAGGAAGAGGAAGGCGGCGAUUGAGACUAGUAGGCAGCAUUUAGUGUCGAGAUAUCAGGGAGGUGUUCAGCAACAUAUACAAUGGCCGGUGAUGGAAGCUGGACAUCUCUUUGCUUCGCUCCCCCACGGCCAUAUCCGCUAGUCCUCAUACAUGCCUAUGUUGUAGAGGCAAUCGGGCACAUUACGACGGAACACGGCACCACUCA